AGCAACGCGGCUCCAAAAUGAGUAUGGAUGGCCAAGGUGAAGCAGGUGGGUUUGCUUGCAGCAGGCUGUCAGCCCUGGAAUAAUGACGUAUGUGCUGCAAGUGGAGACCGCUUUGCCUACUGUGCUACUCUUGCUAUAUACAUCUACCAGUUGGACCAGCAGUACAAUGAAUUCAAGUUGAGAUCCAUCAUGUCAGAACACAAAAAGACAAUAACGGCCAUCAGCUGGUGUCCUGAUAACCCCGAUCUGUUUGCAUCAGCUUCAGCUGAUAACCUGCUCAUUGUGUGGAAUGUAGCUGAGCAAAAGCCCGUAGCACGACUGGACAACACUAAAGGUGUCCCCGCCUCCGUGAGUUGGUGCUGGAAUUCAGCUGACGGCGUGGCGUUUGUCUCUCAACGUGGCCCGCUGUAUAUUUGGGUCUAUGGGAAUUCGGACUCUGGAGUGACAGUGCAUAAAGAGGCCCACUCCUUCCUGUCUGAUAUCUGUCUCUUCAGAUGGCACCCAACCAAAAAGGGAAAACUGGUAUUUGGACACACAGACGGAAGUUUGUCUAUUUUUCAGCCAGGAUGUAAAAGUCAAAAGCACGUGUUGCGUCCUGAAUCUUUGGAGGGAACGGAUGAAGAGGACCCAGUCAGUGCCCUGGAAUGGGACCCUUUGUCAACAGACUACUUAUUAGUGUCCAACCUCAAUAAUGGCAUCAGGCUGGUGGACAGUGAGGCCUUGGCUUGUAUUACAUCCUUCUCCUUCCCUUCAGCUGCUGCAUCAGUUCAAUGCCUUGCGUGGAUCCCCUCUGCCCCAGGCAUGUUCAUCACUGGAGAUUCCCAGGUUGGGGUAUUGAGGAUAUGGAAUGUGUCUCGUUCUACUCCUUUGGAUAGUUUUAAACUGAAGAAGACGGGCUUUCAUGCGUUGCAUGUCCUCAACUCUCCACUUGCAAAGAAAGCUCAGAGCGCCUGUUCUUCUGGCAAAAGCCAGCACACCAGCUCUACGAGUGAGGCAGUACCUCCCCCAACUUUGUCACAGAACCAGUCCUUCUCUCUGCCUCCUGGCCAUGCAGUGUGCUGUUUUAUGGAUGGAGGGGUAGGACUCUAUGACAUGGGUGCAAAGAAGUGGGACUUUCUACGAGACCUGGGCCAUGUCGAGACCAUCUUCGACUGUAAAUUUAAGCCCGAUGACCCAAAUUUGUUGGCCACAGCUAGUUUUGAUGGAACCAUCAAAAUCUGGGACACAAACACACUGACUGCAGUCUAUACCUCCCCUGGCAAUGAAGGUGUGGUUUACUCCUUGUCCUGGGCUCCAGGUGACCUAAACUGCAUCGCAGGAGCAACAUCACGCAAUGGAGCUUUCAUUUGGGACAUCAGGAAAGGAAAAAUAAUCACACGCUUUCAUGAGCAUGGUAAAAAUGGGAUAUUUUGUAUAUCCUGGAGUCACAAAGAUUCAAAGCGAAUUGCAACCUGUAGUGGUGAUGGAUUCUGUAUCAUUCGGACCAUCGAUGGUAAAAUCCUGCAUAAGUACAAACAUCCUGCUGCAGUUUUUGGCUGUGACUGGAGUCAAAACAACAAGGAUAUGAUUGCUACCGGUUGCGAGGAUAAGAAUGUUCGUGUGUAUUACCUGGCCACCAGCUCAGACCAGCCACUCAAAGUCUUCACUGGUCACCUAGCUAAAGUAUUUCAUGUCCGUUGGUCUCCGCUCAGAGAGGGGAUACUGUGUUCUGGAUCAGAUGACGGUACUGUUCGUAUAUGGGACUACACACAGGAUGCAUGUAUCAAUGUGUUGAGUGGUCACACGGCACCAGUCAGAGGCCUGAUGUGGAACACAGAGAUUCCAUUCCUCCUAAUUUCAGGCUCUUGGGAUUAUACAAUCAGAGUUUGGGACACAAGAGAUGGCACCUGCCUGGACACAGUCUAUGACCAUGGUGCUGACGUCUAUGGUUUAACAUGCCAUGAGAGUCGUCCUUUCACCAUGGCCAGUUGUAGCAGAGACAGCACAGUGAGGCUGUGGUCUCUGACACCCCUAAUCUCUCCUCUGCUGCUAAACAUCCUCACCAAUCAACCGUGGGAGAAGAUAAUUGGAAACACUGAUAAAGCAAUGGUUCCCAGUUCCCCAACACUGCUCUGUGGUAAAGUGUCAAGAGACCUCAAGCAGGAGCUGGAGAAACUCAGCUCCGACACUACAGCCAAGAAGCUACGUUGGUUCUCCGAAUGGUGUUCGCCUCCAGGGGAAAGCAGCAACUUGUGGGACUUGGUGUCUGUCAUUAACGGACAGGACGACUCACUGCUACCAGGCAGCUACAGCAAGGGUGUAAUGCACAUGAAACACCUGCUGAAGUUUAAAACAUCUGAAGCCCAGGAAUUGACCAUUGUCAAGAUGUGUAAAUUCGGAGGUGGUAUUGGAGCGCCCAGUAAAGAAGAACGCCUUAAAGAAGCAGGAGAUAUCCAUCUGAGGCUAGGACAGAUCCAGCGAUACUGUGAAUUGAUGGUGGAGCUUGGACAGUGGGAGAAAGCAUUAGCUGUAGCACCAGGAGUAUCCAUGAAGUACUGGAAAAAACUGAUGCAAAGGAGAGCUGAUCAGCUGAUAAUGGAGGAUAACGAUGAUGCUAUCCCCUACUGCAUCGCCACAGGAGACAUUAAAAAGCUCGUAACAUUCUUCACUGGUAGAGGACAACUGCUUGAGGCCUUACUAAUUGCACAGGGGGCAUGUGAAGGGAACAUCCGGACACCUCAAACCACUGUCAACCACAAGACUAAUGAUGUGGAUAACAAACAUCAAUACCAAAGUCUCCUUCAUGACGUAUGUGAACAGCUGGCUGAGUGGUACUUUCAGGACGGCCGCUCUGUGCGGGCUGCGUGCUGCCACCUAGCGGUCGAUAAUGUCGAGUUAGCCAUGUCUAGUCUGAUCAGAGGUAAUGAGCUGGAGUUGGCUGCGUGCGUGGGUAUAGUCCUCGGAGAGACGGCCGCUCAGAGUACAGCCUACUGUCUUGAACUCCUUGCCAGGAAGUACAUGACCCCACUGACAUGGGAUCUCUCAGUUGACCUUCUCGGAAUGAUUCCCGACAACCAUAUUUUACUGGUUAAGGUCUGUGCAUUUUACCCUGGAAGUGCUGCAGAAAUCAACCAAUUACACGAAAGGUGUUGUCUCCCGUCGUUAGAGGAGUGCAAAGCAUUGGCAGAUGAAUCCGUGCGUGAAGGAAAUUUGUUUUCAGCGGUUAAAUUUCACCUCCUGACCUCUGAACCUGAAAACGCCCUGAAGAUAGCAAUCGAUCACGUCAAAGAACAGCUGACUGGAUCUGACUGGACAGUUGAGAGUAUUCAUCCGAUCCUUGACCUGUUGAGUUAUAUCAGAACUGACCGCCUCCUCAUGGCCAAGUAUACGAAGGCCCGCAGUGAGCUGUUGAUCCUGUGCGGUUACAUCGGCGGUCUGCUUGCCAUAAGGAGAAAGUACUCCAGCAUCGUACCUGCACUCUAUGAAUACACCAGUCAGUUGUUGAAACGGAGAGAAGUGAGUGUUCCUCUGAAGAUUGAGCAUCUGUCAAUGGAACUGGAUGCCUGGCGGGCAUGCACUCAGAAUAGCGGCAACCCCCCAUCAGAGAGUCAACGAGAGAAUUUCCACUGCCUUGAAAAAAGAAUCCUACCUGUGAACCCAGUCUCAGGCGGUGCUGAUUAUGUGACAGGCUCCAAUCUGCCAAGUCACUCUGAUGUUCAGCUUUCCUGUUUUACGGGUCACAGGAUACAGGGUCCUGUAUUUAUACUUGAAGAUGGCAAAUCAGCUAUUUCCUUGAAUGAUGCUCUGAUGUGGGCAAAAGUCAAUCCCUUCUCCCCACUGGGUACAGGAGUGCGCAUGAACCCCUUCUAGCACCCCUCUACACACACACACACACACACACACACAGACACAGACACAGACACAGACACACA